AGGCUCCAAAGUCGCUGAUCCUCAUCAGUCCCAAUUUACUAAUCCUACUGACGUCAUAGGGGAAGGACCAUUAUUACAGGUUGUGAGACUCGAUGGUUCAAACACGCCGAAGUCUUCUACCUCAGUCACAAGCGAAAUCUCCCAUCGCGACUCCGAAAAGGGCAAAUACUUCGAGAAGCACAUCUUCUCGAGCCAGGACCGCCAGCACAUCUUCACAACUAACAGAAAAAAGCGUUACAGUCAAGUUCAAAAAUACACAUAGUACAUCGAAUCACAGACAUAAAAAAGAAGUGAAGCCUCUGCAUGGGCGUGAAACAGAGUUUUCUACGAUAUGCAAAUGGAUUGAAGGAACGAUAGAUGAUGGACAACCUCUUUCUCUGUACAUUAGCGGAUCUCCGGGAACAGGAAAAAGUGCGACUAUGAAGUUGGUUUUGGAAAGUUUCGGCUCUCGUGUGAUGUUUUUAACACUUAACUGUGUUUCCAUACAUACGCAGACUGAACUUAUCAGAUCUGUACUAGAAACCAUGGGGAGUUCUAUACGACCUACGCUUCCAGCACUUGCACGAGCAUUGGAGGACGAGAAGAAACAUUUUGUUCUUGUGCUUGAUGAGAUUGAUCUCCUAGCAUCUAAAACGAAUUCGUUCCUGUACACAGCGUUUCAGUGGCCAUAUACUCUGAACUCCAAAUUGAUAGUGAUAGGUAUUGCUAACUCCAUUGAUUUAACUGAACGAUUGUUACCAAAGUUGAAGCUGGGACACGUACCACAAACGCUCGUUUUUGCUCCAUACUCCAAGGAAGCAAUAGCCGAAAUUCUCAAGAAUAGAAUGACUGCAGAUUCGGAUGAUGCAAUGGAUGCUAAAGCUGUGGAGCUAUGCUCUCGUAAAGUUGCGGCUAUGAGUGGAGAUUUGCGAGCUGCUCUUCACGUUAUAAAGCAUACAAGAAAUUUGAAUGAGCCAUCUACUCCACGAGGUUGUCGCGAAGUUCUAGGAGUUUUGAACGGCGUAUAUUCAUCGCCACUUGCCCGAGCACGUCUUCCGCUACAGCCUCGUCUUAUUCUGGCAGUUGCGCUAGCCAUGACGUCAAACAAAAAGAACAUUUUAAAUGUGAUUUCUCUGACGAACGCAUAUGCAAAAGCUUGUGAAGUUGUCAAAGUUCCGCGUUUGGAAGGUGAUGACUUUGCUUCUGCUAUGCAAAUAUUGGAAAGUCAAUCAUUUAUCAUGGAAUGCCCGGGAGGAAAAUUAGUGUUAAAGGUUGACACUGACACUGCAAAAUCUGUGAUCGCUGACAGUGGCAUGAUCGCGCAAGUGACUGCACUCAAUUUAUGA